AUGGAAGACACCAAACAAAAUGACGAGUUAACCAACAUAAGUGGUGACAAAGAAGCUCCGAAGAAUGAUGAACCCCUACCGAAAGCAAGCAUAUCGGAGAUCUAUAAGUACCUAAGUGGACCUUAUAAAAUGCUGUUCUUUAUUGGGUCUGUAUCUGCGUUUUUUGGAGGAUUUAAUUUCCCACUUUGCACCUACAUCGUUCAGAGAAUAUUCGACCGAAUGGGAGGAGGCGAUCUCGACUACGUUCACGGUAAAAUGGUGGACAACUCCUGGUUCUUUACAGCCAUUGCGGUCAUGUCCUUCUUUGCAAAUUUCACUCAUUACGUAUGCUUUACUAUGGUCGGACAAAAGCUAGGCUUUGAAUUAAAAUGGAGAUAUCUACGAGCUAUUCUUAGACAAGACACUAAUUGGUUUGAAAGUCAAAAUAUUGAGGGUAUUCCAUCUACUUUCCAUAAAAACAUGAAAGAAAUCGAAACUGGACUUGGCAGAUGUGUAGGAUUUAUCAUAUAUGCUAUUGGAUCAUAUUUAUGUGGAAUAGGAAUCACUUUUGCAAUAGGAUGGAUUUACUUGUUCUGUCUCUUUGGAGUUGUUGCUUAUUCAACAGUACUGUUCAAUUAUGUUGAAGCUACUCUUCACAGUGUUCAAAACCUCAUCGAUAGUACUUUCGUUCAAGGAGGUAUCCAGGCAGAAGAGACUUUUAACUCUAUUAAAGUUAUCAAAGCCUUUAGACAAGAAAAGAACUGUUCAGAUCAGUUCCUCAGUCACUUAGAAAGCAACAAUAGUGAAGUAUUAGGCAAAUCUUGGAGCUAUGGAGCAGCAUUUGCUCUGCUAGAGACAAUAGCAUACCAUUUCACUUGAUAUGCAUUCGUAAUUGGAGGUUUCUUUGUUUCAGAAGAUGUUCACAAUUCAUUCCCAGAUGAACCAUAUACUGGAGGUGAUAUAUUUUCAUGCAUUAGCUUUUUGUGUGGAAAUUACUUCUUUUGCAAUUCACUGAGAAACAUGUUCUUCUUCGGUAAAGGAAGAGAGGCAGCAUAUCCAAUAUUACAAUUGAUAGAUAAAGUCCCAGAAAUUUCCUUAGAUGAUGAUACUACUUCUGAUAUUAACGAGUUGUCUGGUGACAUUCAGCUGAACAAUAUCGUAUUCAAGUACCCUGGCACCACUAAAAAUGCUUUGGAUAGAAUUUCAAUCCACAUCAAAAAAGGCCAAACACUUGGAAUUAUUGGGCCAACUGGAUCAGGAAAAUCAACAAUUGCUAAGCUUUUAGAAAGAUUUUAUGAUCCAACUGAAGGUGAAGUUCUGAUCGAUGGACAAAAUCUCAAGUCGAUUAAUUUGAGAAAGUAUAGACAUUUAAUUGGGUAUGUUGGCCAAGAACCUUGUCUUUUCAAUGAAACUAUUAGAGAGAAUCUUCAGAACUCUUACCCAGGUGCAACUGAGGAAGACAUCAUCAAUGCUCUUAAGAAAGCUCAUGCAUGGAACUUUGUUAAACAUCUUGAAGAUGGUAUUGACCACAAUGUUGGAGCUGUCGGAAGUAAGCUGUCAGGAGGACAGAAGCAAAGAAUAGCAAUUGCUAGAGCACUAGUCAGAAAUCCUCAACUUCUAAUUUUUGAUGAAGCAACAAGUGCUCUUGAUUUUGAGAGUGAGAGGAAAGUGCAAGAAGCAAUCGACUCGAUUGAAGGAGACUCCAUCACAAAAGUUGUGAUUGCUCAUAGACUCACAACUGUAAAGGAUGCAGAAAAUAUCAUUGUCCUUGAAGAUGGAAAGAUUGCUGAACAAGGAGAUCAUGAAGAUCUUAUGAGAAUUAAUGGAAUCUAUGCUGAAAUGAUCGGUAUUCAGCUAGAAGCAAAUAGGACUGAAGAAGCUCUGAAUCUCAAUGAAAAACAUAAAGAUAUUGUAUCAAGCAGCGAUGGGAAUGAUAAUGAACAGUUUGAAAGGACAGAGUCAGAUGAAGUAGCUUUGCUUAGUUCUCAUAUGAGGUCGAGGAGACAGUAUGUGGAUCAGGAUGAGUCACAGACUUCUGAAGGAUUAUUCUCGUUUUUAGGGCAUGUCUAUGUAUAUGCAGCACCGAAAUGGUACAUACCGUUGAUAUGUAUUUCAGCUACCCUUGUUGCAGUGACUUUGAUAGUAAUGCCUUAUCCCUUAGGAAAAUUCCUGUUCACAGCCUUAGGAACCACUAGUACUGGAGCUGAUGUCAAGCAGGACAUGGCAAUCUACCUUCCAAUUAUUUUUGGAAUGGGGAUACUUGCUGCAAUUUUCCAAUUUUGUACAAGAUCAUUGUUGCAUAUAGUCAACACAAAUUUACUUCAAGGAGCACGGAAGUUUGUCUAUAAUCAUGUCUUAAGACAGCCUAUUGAGUUCUUUGAUCAUAAGAACCAUAAUACUGGAAAUUUAACCGCCAUUCUUUCUUCAAGUACAAGAGAAUUAAACGGAGCUGCUGUUGAGUUGUACUUAUUCAUUUUCCAAUCGAUGGCCAGUAUGGUCGGUGGAAUGAUCUUUGCUUUUAUCUUUGAAUGGAAUAUGGGAAUAUUAUUCUUAUUCAUUAUUCCAGUCUCAUGGAUCUCUAUGGGUGCAACCUUUGCGUUGCAAUCUAGCUCUCAAAGUAGUUAUGAAGAGACUAUCAGUAAGCAAGAAAAGAUGAUAUCAGAUUACAUCAUGAACUACCAUACAGUUUUAUCUCUUGCAAAUGAAGAUACUAUUAUCUCUCGGUACUUUAGCCGUGAUAACUCUCAAGAAAUUGAAUAUAAAGCUAACAAAGCUGAUUUAUUCGAAGCUUUAGGCCCUGGAUUUGUGUAUGGAUUUGGAACUUCAUUCUUCAUCCUCUCAUUUACUUUUGUUGGAUUAGUAUCUGCUCAUAACGUUAAGCAUGGUCAUGAGGGAGAAGACCAAUUAAGAUGCACUCUGUGAUUCUGGUAUGCAUUCUUGACAGUAUCAUACCUGAUGAGCAAUCCUCCAGAUUUCGGAAAGAGUCUUCAAGCCGUGAAAAAGAUAUUUGGACUUAACAGAUAUGCUGAAGAAGGAGAGCCUGACUGUCCUAUUAAGAAUGGAGACGCUGACUUAGGGUCUGAAGGAGUCUCCGGAGCUAUUGAGUUCCAUCAUGUUUAUUUCAGAUACCCGAGCGCUCGGACGGACAAAUGGGUCUUACAAGACUUCAAUCUCAAGAUCAACGAGGGAGAAAGUAUUGGGCUUGUCGGAGAAUCUGGAUGUGGAAAGAGCACAAUUGCAGCUCUACUUUUCAGAUUUUAUGAGCCACAAUCUGGACAUAUCACCAUUGGAGGGAGAAAACUAGAUGAGUUCACUUUAUCCUCUGUCAGAGCUCACUUCGGAUAUGUUCAGCAAGAGCCAAUUCUGUUCAAUACAACAAUUAUGGAAAAUAUCUGAUUUGGCAAACCCCAUGCUACUUGUGAUGAGAUUAAGCUUGCAGCAAAAGUUGCCAACUGAGAGGAAUUUAUUAGAAAGAAAGAUUUUGAGGGUCAAGAUACCUCAGAAAAUGACCUAACUGAUGAAUUUACCAAUGAUACCAGAUAUAGCGAACUUGAUGAUGGAUACAGAGCAGUUUGCGGUUCCAAAGGUGACAGACUUUCAGGAGGUCAGAAACAAAGAAUUGCUAUCGCUCGUGCUGUUAUCGAUGAUCCAAAAUUCCUGAUUCUUGACGAAGCAACCUCAGCUCUAGAUGAAAGCGCCCAGAAAGUAGUUCAAGAAUCCUUAGAUGAAAUCAUGACUCAGAGAACUUCUAUAGUAAUUGCCCAUCGCAGAAGUACUCUUUCUAAAUGCAAGAGAAUCGUCACUAUAGAAAAUGGCAUUAUUGUCAGGGAUGUCUACACAAACCAAUAAUAAAUUAAUUAUUCAAGGUCUUAGA